AUGGAUGUAUUCAACCCCAUGCCGACAAAGAGGCCCAAGACUGACGUCUUUGUGGCCAACGUCGCUCGUGACUAUAUCCUUCUGGAGGGCUUUCUUAACGGGACUCAGGACAAGGUCCAGGCCGACAAGCUCUAUCUGAAGGGCAAUGGAAAUUUCAUCAUGCACAAGUUGAAGCUGAGCGGGGACUGGGACAGCGGCUGCGAGGACUUAGACUCCGCUUUUGUCGUGAAGGCCGUGCUGAGUGUCUCCACACCACCGGUCGAUCGCGGUGUCUUCACAUUUUACAGCAUCAGGGACCCGGCCUUGAAUGAGCGGGUCACAAAGGCCCUUGUCAGUCGUUGCCUGGACAAAGGCCAGAGGUUUCUGGAUUUCUGCAUGCGCUUUACUGAUCUAGGUUCGGUCUACGAUCACGGGUUGGAGGUGGCCUUCGACGACCCAAAAUGUGCUCUGCUGGCCUGGAUGUCUUCCGCGGACGGGACUACAGACAUCAUGCUGAACGUCCACCGCUGCGACAGCUACCCGGCCGGCUGCAGCUACUUCAGCAAGAAAUGGUCUCCUCUUUGC